GCUGCUUGUAUCAGCCAUGUUGAGUGAAACACUUUUCCUUCCUUCAUAAAAACCACUUUUAUCCUAAUGUAAUACCUCCAAAAGAUACCACAAAGCACCAUGGUCGCCUUCGAGGACCGUUUCUGGGGCGACAAGAAUUCAGGAUACGAUGUGCUGUAUCAUAAUAUGAAACAUGGAAAUAAUGUCAGUGUUAAAGUUAGUGAAUUCAUCCGAGAAAGAGCUGCAGUGGAAGAAAGUUACUCAAAAUCUCUUGUGAAGCUUGCUAAAUCAGCGUGUUCUGUGUCUCAACUUGGGUCAUUUGAACCACUWUGGGGAGUUCUUCGUGUUGCUACUGAUAAGCUCGCUAAUGCACAUCAUUCGGUUAUGGUGAAAUUACAUGAACUUGCAAAAGAAGUAAAAGAAUAUGGUGACAAACAGAAAGAGCGACAUAAAGCAGCAAAAGAGGAAUUCAGUGGUACGGCUGAGAUAGUACAGACAAUGCAGAGCAUGACACAAGGACUUACUAAGGCAAAGGAAAUCUACUAUGCAAGGUGUCAUGAAUUUGAGAAGUGUAAGAAAGAUGGCACAAGUCAAAAAGAAAUAGAAAAGGCAGAAUUGAAAAUGAAAAAGGCUGGAGAAGAAUACAAAGCAUUAGUUGAGAGACGAGAAAUAAUUAGGAAUGAAUUUCAUGACAAGAUGGUGGAAACAUCCAGAAAAUUUCAAAAGAUUGAAGAAGAGCACCUAAAAACARUUAUUGGGCACUUGGAGACAUAUAUAGAUUCUCAUCUAUCAGGAUGCAAAAUGAUGGAAAAGGUUCAUACAGAGUUCCGUGAGCAUCUAAGAGCCCUUACCAUCGACAAACUGCUGGAUCAGUUGGUUCGUCGUAAAGGCACAGGAUUAGACAUACCAGGUGUGAUAACAUUUGAAGAGUAUGAAGAACACCAAGAYGCAUUGGUCAAUAUAGAUAGCUCACCAAGCACAAACAACAAGCCGCAGACUACGAAGCCACCAUUAUCAGGGUUCCCACUACACAAGAAAAAGAAAGAAAAGAAAGAAAAGAAAAAGAAGAAGAAGAAAGAAAAGGGAAGCAAUUCUAGUCCAAGCAACAGUCAAGGAUCUCCAGAACAUCAACAAAAUGGACCAGUUGAAUCACCAGUUAGUGAAGGAAGUAUAAGUCGCGAUCCUUCAUUUGAAGUCGAUGAUGAAGGCUACCGAAUACGACCGCCAGAUACUGAGAGUGCUAAAUCAGGAGGAGCCUCAUCUGACUCWGAUUCAGAUUCUGAUGAUGAUGACGAGCCAAGGCGUAUCCAAGUGACCAUCAAACCAGUAGACGAUAUGGUGUCACAAACAGCAUCUGUKGACGAGAUCAAGAAAAUCACUGAUUCACUAAUCCUUUCCUCUCCAUCAUCAAUGAGGAGGAAUUUGAGCUCAUCUUCGGGGUUGAAUGAUGGAUUCAGAAGCAGGGCGUCAACAGAAAACUCACGAAAUAGCAGCACUACUAAGUUAUAUCGUUCUAGUGAUGACUUACUUGAUAUCAGUUCUGGCAAAAAUCCAAAAACCAUCACAAGUCCAGGAAGUGACUCAAACCUCUCAUCRUCAAACCUCAGUACCCCCACAGAUACCUUAAGUACGAUGAUAAAGGAUAGUAAAGAUACUGAUGCCAAAGCUACUGCACCUGUCAGCACCCCGUUUUCAUCAGGGGAUGCAUUCAUGACAUCUUCACCAGCAUCUUUUAAUAUCGGAGAUCCAAGUGAAGGUAAUGGUAAUGGAGAUGACGAAACACCACCAGCCUUACCCAAGAAGAAAGGAAGUCUCGGCAACAACCCGAACAUAACAAAUGAUGAUCUGAACAUCCCACCCCCUCUACCAGCCAAGAGGGAUGGGGCUGGACUACAGUCAUAUCAAAACAGUAAAGGURCACUGAAUAACUCUUCUGAAUCAUCCAAAUCAACCACCGCAACUCUWCCAUUCUUGAUGAAGCCACCUGGCCCAGGUGAAAUCCCGCGUGCUGGCUCUACAGCCACGGCAUUAGCAAGACCACGCCCACAGGGGGGUCAAAAGAAACCUGGACUCACCCUGGCAACCCAACCAUCAUCUUCUCAAGGGAACCAAUCAAGCAUGUCAUAUUCCCAAGAACUAUUUUCUCUCUUUUCGGAUUCGGAUUUUACUACUUCAUCCAAAGAGAAGGACGAUUGUGAAGACGGUGGYYCUAAAACAYCUAAAACGCCUUCCAAAGUCAGCUAUGUUGGGUCUGUUGCUUUAACGAGCUCAACAACAUCUGAUACGACCACUCAGGUCAUGACCAGAGCUGUGACAACCACGUCGAUACAAGGGCUGUCGGAGUCACAUGAGAUACAGGAGAAUGCGGCAGGCCUGAUACGGUCCAAGACAGUGGGGUCUAUGCCCUCUGGACCUACUAAGGUUCUCUCUGUGUCUCAUAGCAGUGCUUCCAGGGAAGAUGUUUUGCCUAUUGCUGUGGCGUUUAUUGAGUCUGUCAAUGCUUUCUUCAGAGGAAGUGAUCACAAAGCGUGUAUGGUCAAGGUGACGGGCGAUAUCACUGUAUCAUUUCCAGCAAGCAUUAUAUCACAAUUAACAACCGACAAGGAUCCGCCGUUGUUAACCUUUUUUAUUACUGGCACAUCAUCACUAGAACAAAURGUUCCAAAUAAAAGUCUAAUUUCCAGUGAAGGGCAGCAAAGUGGAGGAGAUGCUGUUGUUUAUAAAUUCAACAUGAAUGCAUUAGCCAGCCACUUGAAAAAACAAACAGAGACGGCCACAUCUUCAUAUUACAAUAUAGAUAUUCUCAAGUAUGAGGUUCGCACAACUGGUAUUCAGUCCACACCAUUACAGCUUUGUAGUUACUGGAAAUGUGAGCCGAUGGCAACUAAUAUUAGAGUAGAUUACAGAUAUAAUCCCAAAUGUAUGUCGACACCCUGUGCAUUAACCAACGUUAACAUUAUAGCACCAGUAAAUGGUGGUGUUACAAUCAUGCAGUCUAAGCCAUCGGCAAAUUGGUCAGCAGAGAACCAGCGUGCUGUUUGGAUUUUAUCUGAAAUUUCAAGUUCCAAGGAUCAAGAUGGGACAUUAAGAGCAAAGCUUGACUUAACAGAGGGGCCAAGUACGCCGUCCAGAAUUGCCGUCCAGUUUUCAUCCACAGGAGCUACCAUAUCAAACUUAAACUUUGAAUUAAAAAGUGAUGCUUACAAAUUAUCACUUGUCAAAAAACAAAUUGCUACAGGGAGAUAUAUUUCCGAGAGCUAGCUGACAAAUGACUUCUACUUCACCGGUAAACCAAUUUAGACUAGUUAUUUGURUGAAAAACCCAAAUAUUAAUAUUUCUUCUUCAGAUAAAUCAAAUAAAAACUAAAGCUUCUUGAUAUGCAAGACUUUAAAGAAAUCACCAAUAAUUAAGACAUUGCCCAAAAUAGUUAUGGAGUUUCCAUCAGAAUAGCACUAUCUGAUUUUUAAAUGCUAUGAAUAGUUUAAUCUUACUAUGGUGUCAAAUAUCAUGUUUGAGUUAUAUUAAAAUGAGCAAGGAAUCUGAAUGUAUCUGCACGAAUGUACCAAUUUGGAACUUUUUGUAAGUGUAAUCUCCUGGUACAAGGACCAACAAAUCAAUUAAUUAAUGGUCCUUAAUUAUACAGCUUCUCAUUAAUCCCAUAUAGGUAACUGUCCAAUUAUUUUCUUAAUUGGACAGGCCUUGUUGAUGUGGGAUUAAUUAGGCA